CUGUGAGCAUGCGGAUGCGUCACUCACAUUUUUCACCGCGCUUUUACCCGAGGUGGAUUAUUUUCAUCAUGGGAAAAUUAGAAAAAAGGGACACUAUCUUUCUAGGGUGAAAAAAAUAUUUCGGAGGAAUGCGCGAGGCGCCGCAGCUAUGGCGCACGGCGCCGGGCAGGGCUGAGGAGGUCGCGCGAGAGGGGAGGAUUUGAGGAGCUUGGCGCCGCGAUCGAUCGAUUCAGGCAUUCUAUGAUCAGGUAGAAUGCCAGGGCAGAGGGUCACGAUGAUGCUCUCUCAGCAAAGCGUCAUACGGCAGCAGCAGCCUUUCGCGAGGGAUCCCGUGAGGAGCGAUUUUUCGGAUCAUCAGCUGCUGCCCCGUCACGCUGCUCAAUCGGCUGCCGAGGUCUUGGGAUCCGUUUGUUUGGAAGGAUUGCAAGACGGGGAUACGCUGUUGGCACUGGCUCAUCAAGAGUACAAGGCUGGGAACUACAAGCAGGCAUUAAAACAUUGCAAUGUAGUACACGAAAGGAGCUCGAAACGUACUGAUGUCUUGCUGCUACUUGGAGCGAUCUAUUACCAGCUUCACGAUUUUGAUAUGUGUAUAGCUAAGAACGAAGAGGCUUUGAGGAUAGAUCCACAGUUCGCAGAGUGUUACGGAAAUAUGGCCAAUGCAUUUAAGGAAAAAGGGAAUGUGGACCUUGCUAUUCAGUAUUACCUUGUUGCUAUAGAGCUGCGGCCGGGGUUUUGCGAUGCAUGGUCGAAUCUGGCCAGUGCGUACAUGCGGAAAGGGAGGCUUCAGGAAGCUGCAGCAUGUUGUCGACACGCCCUGACAUUGAAUCCCCGUCUUGUUGAUGCCCACAGCAACCUUGGUAAUCUCCUCAAAGCUCAGGGCUUGGCUCCGCAUGCGUAUUAUUGUUAUGCUGAAGCCAUCCGAAUACAGCCGACUUUUGCUAUUGCGUGGUCAAAUCUUGCUGGCCUGUUGAUGGAAGCAGGGGACUACGAAAGAGCUCUUGCUUAUUAUCAGGAGGCUAUUCGAUUAAAGCCAAACUUUGCGGACGCUCAUUUGAAUCUUGGGAACGCCUUGAAAAAUCUUGGUAAAGCUCAGGAGUCCAUAGUCUGCUACUUGCGAGCCAUUCAACUCCGGCCAGACUAUGCAAUUGCGUACGGAAAUCUGGCAAGCGUGUACUAUGAACAAGGACAAUUGGACCAGGCGAUUUUGCACUACCACAAAGCCAUCAUGUUGGAUUCAUCUUUUAUAGAGGCUUAUAACAAUUUGGGAAAUGCUCUCAAAGACGCUGGAAGGGUGGACGAAGCGAUUGCUUGUUAUCAGCACUGUCUGACACUUCAAGCUAACCAUCCUCAGGCGCUCACAAACCUUGGAAACAUUUACAUGGAAUGGAACAUGAUUUCCAUGGCGGCGAAUUUUUACAAGGCCACUUUGAACGUUACAACGGGUUUGUCAGCCCCGUACAGUAACCUUGCGACUAUUUACAAGCAGCAGGGUCAUUAUGCUGAGGCGAUAGCAUGUUACAAUGAAGUUCUACGGAUAGAUCCUACAGCGGCUGACGGCCUUGUCAAUAGAGGAAACACCCUGAAAGAAGCUGGACGUGUUACUGAAGCUAUUCAGGAUUAUUUGAGAGCAGUAGCAAUAAGGCCGAACAUGGCUGAAGGCCAUGCAAACCUUGCAUCUGCUUACAAAGACAGUGGACAUGUGGAAUCUGCUAUCAAGAGCUAUAAGCAAGCAUUGCAACUUAGGAUCGAUUUUCCGGAAGCCACCUGCAACUUGUUGCACACUUUGCAGUGUGUUUGUGACUGGGAUGGAAGAGAUAAAAAGUUCGAAGAAGUGCAAGAGAUCAUCAAGAAACAAAUUAAGAUGGAAGUUCUUCCUAGUGUGCAACCGUUUCACGCCAUCGCGUAUCCAUUAGAUCCUUUGUUGGCGUUGGAAAUAAGUCGGAAAUAUGCCGAGCAUUGUUCUUUGGUAGCUUCACGAUUUUCGCUCCAGCCAUUUGUCCAUCCACCUGCCGUACGUGUUAAAGACGAAGGUGGUAGCGGUAGAUUGCGUUUGGGUUACGUGAGCAGCGAUUUUGGUAAUCAUCCGCUUUCUCAUUUGAUGGGUUCCGUUUUUAAAAUGCACAAUAGAAAGAAUGUAGAGGUGUUUUGUUAUGCUUUGAGUCAAAGUGACGGUAGUGAAUGGCGACAGAGAAUCAUGAACGAAGCUGAGCAUUUUAAAGAUAUGUCGGCGAUGUCAUCAGACAUGAUCGCAAGAACGAUCGCUGAUGAUCAAAUACAAGUUCUAGUUAAUCUGAACGGCUACACGAAGGGAGCUAAAAAUGAGAUAUUUGCUUUGAAACCGGCCCCCAUUCAAGUUUCGUACAUGGGAUUUCCCGGGACAACGGGUGCGCAGUAUAUUGAUUAUUUGGUCGUUGACGAGCUCGUGUGUCCGAAUGAAUUCGCGCAUAUUUAUUCUGAAAAGCUUGUGCAUCUUCCACACUGCUACUUUGUCAACGAUUAUAAGCAGAAAAAUCGGGACGUAUUGGAUAGUACCAAUUUGCCCAAGCGAUCGGACUACGGUCUUCCGGAAGAUAAGUUUAUAUUUGCAUGUUUCAACCAGCUGUACAAGAUGGAUCCGGAAAUUUUUACAACAUGGUGUAACAUAUUGAAAAGAGUCCCAAACAGUGCGCUCUGGCUUUUACGCUUUCCCGCAGCUGGUGAAGACCGUCUAAAAGCAUUUGCUGUUGCGCAAGGGGUGGGACCUGGUCAAAUUAUCUUCACUGAUGUAGCAGCCAAAAACGAGCACAUUCGACGGAGUGCUUUGGCCGAUCUCUUCCUGGAUACGCCGCUCUGCAACGCACACACAACCGGCACCGAUGUGCUGUGGGCCGGACUUCCGAUGAUAACGCUGCCCUUGGAGAAAAUGGCCACGCGUGUCGCGAUGUCACUGUGCUAUGCUGCCGGCUUCGGGGACGAGAUGGUGGUGAAAAAGAUGCAGGAGUACGAAGACAGGGCUGUGAUGCUUGCAGAGAAUCCAAAAGCGCUCGAGAGCUUAACCUCGAGGCUGCGAUCCGUCCGCUUAACCUGCCCUCUGUUCGACACUGAGCGCUGGGUGGUUAACGCGGAGAGGUGCUACUUCAAGAUGUGGAAUCUUUAUUGCGAUGGAAAGCAGCCCCAGGCAUUCAAAGUAGCCGAAAGCGAAGACUUCCCGAGUAAUAGGUGACACCACAAGAAACCAUGAAAAGGAUCAGAGAUCCUCGAAAGAACGCGAGAUUGUCUCACAGGAUCGAUCGCAAACUUCAUCUCACAGAAGUUUAGAGAUAACGCGAGAAGAAGCGAGUCCUCCACAGUGACGCACUCUACAAUCCACUGGGUCUACAAUUCUCUGGGAUU